GGCUUAAUUAAUGGAUAAAACUUUAACACUCUGUUGUUUAAAUGUGUAGUAUUAUCUAUGCUCUGGUUUAGUUUUGAUGUAUUUUGUGUAACUCUGUACACACAUCCGUAUCACAGACAAACCAGCUGCUCUAACCACUGAGAAACAGUCACUCUAUCUCUAUAAUUUGUGUGAUGUAAUGUUUUUACUAAAAAUCACAAGUUGCAUGUCCUGAAUAUCUUUUUUUAUGCAUAAAGGGAGGCAGUGCUGGUGGUGGGGCUGUGGUUCAAAGGUAGACCGAUCAACUUCUGAUUAGAAACUCACUGGUUCAGUUCCCGCUCUGCCUGCCCACAUGCCAAAGUGGGCUUGGGGAAACCGAUGAUGAUGAUUGGUCGUGGUGGUCUGGUAAGUGCCACCAAAAACAAUUUAAAAAAAAGAGCAAACAUUUGUCCACUUUUAGACGAGUAUGUGAGUGUUAUCAACAAGUCUGUUAGCAAAAAUACUAGUUUCACAUUUGUCGUGUGCCUGUUGCUUUUUUUCUAUCACGUGUUUUUGGCCUUGAAUAGACAUUUUGUAGAAGAAGUCAUUGCAUAGCAGAUAUGUUCAAGUUUAGAAGCAGCUUCAGAUAAGCAGAUGCUGAUAAGUAAAUGGACAAAUGUGGUCAAACAGCAACUAGAAGUCUCACGACUUGCUUUUAUUUCAAAAACUUUGAUGUGUGACCCAAGAAAUAUAAAUUUCUUGAUUUGGUUUUUGAUUGACCCUUUGGGGAAACUAAAGUAAUGAUGAUGGGAUUGUCUUUUAAACAUAUGGUUUUUUGUUUGUUUUUUAAUAAUAUAACUUUUCAAAUGGUCAACACAAUAGGUCAGAUUAAUAGUAAAGUAUAGUUUACAUCAUAGUUUAAAAACAUUAAACAUUAGACAUAAAUGACCAAGACAUUAGAUCCCAGAAAUGUGUGUUAAUCACAAAAAACUUUCUUUGAUAAAAAUUGCUUUGCAGGCAUUUAGUAAUUCUCAGAAGUCUCCUCCCCAUUUUUCAGUCACUUUUUUUGUCCCAGCGAUCAGUUGGUCACUAGUUUUCUUCUGAGGUCGAUAACUGUCAGCACAUUUCACAGUGUUGAAGGACACAUUCACAUUCCUUAAAACAACAACGGUAAACAGCUGUCGCUGUUAAACUCUGGUGAGUAAAGAGACAUGAAAACUGAAAGCUGGACCAUGUUGCUGUAUGAUGUAUAUUUAAAUCUGUUUUUCCUUUAUAGAUUUUUUUUCACAGCAGUUUAACAAAUAUUUGUUUGUUUUAAGCAUAUUACACUUGAUUUCUAAAAAUCUUAAUUGAAAAGAAACCGAAAGCUAUCGAUUUACAAUUGAUGUUAACUUCGUAAGCAGUUUUGAUACUUUACCUGGGAACAAAAAUCAUUAAUGCAGGUGUUGUUCAGACAGGUUUGUCAACAGUUUCUUAAUUUUUCAGCAAAGAAGAACCUCGCAUGAAACAGACCCUUGAGAAACGAGGAAUUUAAUCUAGAAUAAUGGGCUUAACUGGAACUAAUUCAUCUCUAUUCAUUUGAAAUUGCACCAUUUGAAAUUAUUUUUCUGAUUUACAAUCACACUAGAUUUUUUAUAUUCUUGUUUUUAAUCUUUAAGUUAUGUGACAGUUACAGAUAAUGUGAAAAAUCUGUCACAUCAGCAUAAGAAAGAUUGAAAAAGCUAUAAUAUAUGUAAUAAAUGUUUGAAAUGCAUGAAGGCUAACUUUCAGUUAUGCAUAAUAACCCACAUGGCGUGCUGCUAUCAGGUCUUUAUGUCUGUCUAUUAGACACAUGAUUGUUUCUUAAAAAGUCAGUAUUUUUUAUUUUACUUCAGGAAUACAAAAUGAUUGAUCUGUGCAGGAUGACUUUUUGACUAAAUUAUGAUCUCUUCUAUUUUUAAACCUGCAGAUUUCACACUGGAAAUUGUUUUUCUUCUCUGGCUCAUCAGUUACAGAAUAUAAGUGUAAAUUACCAUUUGGUAACAAAAUGAAACAUAUUUUUGGAUUGCUAACAAUACUACUUGGAACAUCUUAUGGUUUGAUUAACGUUAACAACACUUUCAACGGGUCUCAGACACCUAAACUGGCGGUUGAGACAAACAAGACUCAUUGGACCGAAGCAAAAUCAAGGGUCCCACCUACAGAAGCACACAGAGGUGUGGUGACCCACUGUGAUGGCAGACAGAAUGGAGCUCAGUGUUAUGGAGCUUUGGGAGGAACUGUUUCUCUGCAGCUGAUGGACGACUUCUCAGGAAUACAUAGAUACCAGCUGAAAGCUAAAAACGUGAAUGUACUAUCAGGAAGAAAAGAUAAACCACCUGAUAUUAAAAUGAACGAUACAUUUUCAUUUCUUCCCUCUAAUGGAAAAUUUUGGAUCCAUAACCUGAGCAGGAAUGACAGUGGUGAAUAUAGACUGAUAAUAUUUGAUUCAAAUGGAAAACAGACAAAAAUCCACACCCUACAAUUAUCAGUUCAAGCUCCUGUGUCCUCAGUCUUGCUGGUCCCUGAGUGUUUGUCUCAGGGAGAGAUGAAGGUGUCCUGCUCCUCUGAGGGAGGGGACAGUCCUCAGUACAGGUGGACUCUGAAUGGAAAGUCACUGACAGAAGCUGAGCUGCUUUCUGGAAACAAGCAGACAAACAUCAUCACUUUGAAACAACACGUCUCAGGACGUCUGGUCUGCUCCUCCUGGAACCACGUCAGUUCUGCUUCUAAAGAGAUAAACAUCACUAACUGUGGUUUCAUUUACAUAAACUGCACUUUUAAUGGGACGAAGAUAUCAAAGUGGGUAUUUAAGGAAAAUAACACUCUGUGUGUUGAACCAACAACAGUCUCACCAACAGAGGCACAAAGCACUGUGGCUUAUCUACCCAUUCUAGUUGGUGUUCUGUCUGCUCUAUUAAUCUUAUUACUAGUUGGAAUUGCAAUGAUUUGUACCAGGAAGAAAAAACCCAUUGGAAAAGGAGAGGUGGGGGAUCAAGAACUCAUUUACGCUGAUGUCAGGAUUGUGAAACAGCAGAGCAAAAAACAGACGCGACCACAACCACGUGAGGACGUGGAUGUGGAGUACGGCCAGGUCAAGUUCAGGGAGCGACCUCAGCACAUGGACACUGCUGCAGAUGUGUGCGUUUAUGCAAUGGUCCAAAAAAGACAGGGGACCUGAGAGGGAGAAGGAGGGAAAGCAGCAGAUGAUUUUGCCUUUGAGUGGAUGAAUUUUGUUGCUUGUAGCUUUAUGAACCUUUUUUUUUAAAAGAUUUUUUGUGCUUUCAGAGCAAGUUUGUAUGCAGAAGAGGGACACUUUUCUGUUUAAUUAUUAGGAUGUUUUUAUUGUGUUUAUUUUUUCUAUUUUAUACAAUUAAACUUCAACUUGUCUUUAUAUUUAAAAGCGUUUUUAAAAGGUAUUUUUAAUACAUAAAAAGAAAAAUAGAUGCAUAGUUUGCACAUAAAUUACACUCAACCUUUUGCACAUUUUUUCCUAAUUUUUAGAAACGAUUGUCUCUUGAGAAAUCAUCCUCUAAAGUGGAGGAUUUAGCUUGUUCCUCUGACAGCUCUGGCUUUGUUUCUUUUUGAACAGAUCUCAAAAUGUUGCAACCACAGUAUUAGUUCAUUCUUAAGUAAAAAUAACCCAAACGCAUUGAGCUCAUCUUUUCUGACCCCAAAUAUAUUGACGCCAGUGAGCUCAGAAAUCUAUUGACUGAGGAGGAGAAUUACUUUUUAAAAGAUGCUGUGUUGCUCCCAAGCUCUUUAUAUUUUGUGAAAUAGGAGCCAGUAAGCAAAAACAAAGCUAGUGUCAAAUUCUGCAGCUUCAUGUUGAAUUGAAAAAAUAAUUAGCAGGCUGACUGAUGAUGGGGGGAGUGCUGUAUUUGUGAUCUUCUAUCAUCAAGUCAAGUUUUCUAUUUUAGUCUUUGCAACUUCCUGUGGAAAGUGUUUGCAUGCUGAUGAUAGAUAUUAGAUCAGUCUAAUCAGGUUUUAUUAUGUAUUUUAUUAAAUGAAGUACAGUUUGCAGUUUUUGCAGAUUUUCAUAUUUGUAGUUUGUAAAAAAUCAAAUAAACAGAGAGCUUUGAUCUUUUUUUAAACUAAAUGUUUUUAAAUUGACUCAUGUUUUGGGGUCAAACUAUUUUUAGUUGGUGAAUAAGAAAAUAAUGUGCUAAAAUAUGCCAUUUAUCAUUUAAAAUAUGUCAGAAAAUAUUCCCUCCCGAUUCAGAUUUUAGAAAAUAAAAUCUUUUAGUCUUUACUUCACCUCCCUGUAAUGAUCUACCUUACAGAUUGCUGCAUCUUGUAAAACAUCAUAUAAACCAUUACAUUUUAACUCAUAAAGUGAAUAACAAAACCACAGCAUAAUCUUGGAUCUGGCUCUGACACCAGCAAAAAUAAUCGAAAUAUUUUUAAUGCUUUUUGUUUUGUGUUCUGAGUAAAAGGGAGUCCCAUCAAAUUUCCUGUCUUGUUGAUAAAUUUAAAGCUUCUAAGAAUUCGCUUGAACCCGUUUAAAUAGAAAAACUGUUCAUUGUGAAAAUAAUUCAUUAGAAAUUCAAUUUGAUGGGUUAAAGAUGAAAGAAAGAAAAUGAAAAAAUGAUUAUCCAACACUUCCGAUUCAGUUUCUGCAACAUUUUGGGGUUCUGAUGCUUGUAUAAAAAUGUACUUGCUAUGAUUACUUUUGAAUGUUUAAAGAUAUUUAUACUGUUAUGAUUUUUACUUAACAUAUAUCAGACAUUUUUCUUUCUGCUUUUUUACGUCCUGCUAUGCAGAACUGCAUUUUUACAGGGUUGACUCAUUUCUAAACAAAGGUUACUGAAGACGGUUGGUGUGAUAGUUUGUGGUUAAAUUUUAACAGCAAUACAGAGCGUUCAAAGUGCCAUAAAAUACAUUUAUGAUGGGCUGCUUGGUAGGAUUGUCCUGACAUAACUAGUUUUUCGGUGAUCAGGCACACACUAGUAUUCAGUGCUUUACCUUUUUAACAGCUUAGAUACUUUUUUUGUGAGUACUUGUGUUUUACGUUUUGUGUGAGAGGCUGAAAAUCCUGAGAGGCAGUUUUACCCCAACAAGUUUGAGUUGCAAUCAAACCUUCAUUCUUGACUCUUAAAGCCAUGUGAUAUCAAAUGCUGUGAUGUAUUUUAUUUGGCUUAUUUUACUCUGUAAAGCAUCAAUUCAAUAAAAAUUUUUUUAAAAAC